AAACGAGCUCUAGGAAGCGUGUCUGAACCUAAAAGCAUUAGAUCAAAUCCAACGAUAGAACCGCGGCCUGUGCACCAUUCUUCUCUCUCUCUUCGUAUACUAUGACCGCCUCCAAGCUCUUGGUCGUGAUUGGCAUCACGGGCACCCAGGGAUCCUCUGUCGCCAAUGCCUUGCUCCAGUCACCUGAAUGGCACAUCCGCGGCAUCAGCCGCAACCCUUCAUCUGCUGCCGCCAAGCUUUGGACUUCCAAAGGCGUCCAGAUGGUCAAGGCGGACCUCGACGACGUUACAUCUCUCGAGGCUGCCUUUAGCGGAGCCACUGCUAUCUUUGCCGUGACCGAUUUCUACAACCUCGUCUUCAGUCCCGUCCAUGCUGCUGCAGCACACGAGGCUGGGAUGGCGCCAAACGAAUAUGCGAGAAACAUCGAGACCAAGCAGGGCAUCAAUAUUGCAACCGCCGCCAAUAGCCCAGUCGUGUCGGCCACACUGACGCACUUUGUGUUCAGCAGCCUUAGCGACACUAAGCGUUGGUCGGGCGGCAAGUACACCUGGAACUUCCACUUUGAUGGCAAGGCAGACGUCGUGAAGCACAUUAAACAAAAGGUGCCCGACCUGGCGGCCAAAAUGAGCACCGUGCAGGUGGGAAUGUACGCCAGCAACUGGAAGGGGGGCAUGGGGCGCCCACAGAAGCAGGAGGACGGCUCAUUUGUCGUCCAAAUCCCAGACGUGGGUGAGACCAAGCUCCCGUGGAUAUUUGUGCAGCGCGACACUGGUGUGUACGUCAAGGCGCUGCUAGAGAACGAGACAGGCAAAGACAUUCUCGCUUUUUCGGAAAUGGCCACCUGGCGCGAGUUCUGGGAGCUCUGGUCGAGCAUUCGCGGCGUCAAGCUCCGUGUCCAAGUGGUCAGCGUCGAGAGCUUUUUCCAAUUCUUUCCAGAGAUUCUCAGGAGGGAGUUCCAGGAAUCACUGAGGUACAUUACAGAGUUCGGCUACACGGGCGGUGACCCAGAUGUGUGCGGCGACUUGCAAGAGUUGUCGCCCAACGCGAAGGCGACGUCUCUACGGGAGUAUAUUGGAAGCGAAGAUUGGUCGAGCCUUGAGUAGGUGACUGAGUUGAAUGUACUGUUUAUCGUUGACUUAGACACUGCAUAUUGAGCUAUUGCCGUUUCCUACUUCAGGAGCGUUUCCUGUCUUCAGAAACCGGUAUCCUUCCUUUAGCAAUCGAGAGCACCAUGUUUGGAAGACUUGUAUCCUGGCUAUGCCAAGUA